AUGCUCUUCGACACCUUCGACCUGCUGUCUGCUCUGGCCACGCUGGCGGCGUGCGCGCUGUGCGUGGCGCUGCUGCUCGCCGUGUCACAGCAGCUGUGGCAGCUGCGCUGGACCGCCACGCGGGACAAGAAGUGCAAGCUGCCCAUGCCCAAGGGCUCCAUGGGCUUUCCCUUCAUCGGCGAGACGUGCCACUGGCUCCUGCAGGGUUCGGGUUUCCACGCGUCGCGGAGGCAGAAGUACGGCAACGUGUUCAAGACCCACCUGCUGGGCCGCCCGCUGAUCCGGGUGACUGGCGCCGAAAACGUGCGCAAGGUGCUGAUGGGCGAGCACACGCUAGUGACGGUGGACUGGCCGCAGAGUACCGCCGCCCUGCUCGGACCCAAUUCGCUCGCCAACAGCAUUGGCGACAUCCACCGUAAGAGGAGGAAGGUGUUCGCCAAGGUGUUCAGCCAUGAGGCCUUGGAGUCGUACCUGCCCAAAAUUCAGCAGGUGAUCCAGGAGAGCCUGCGUGUGUGGAGCUCCAACCCCGAGCCCAUCAAUGUCUACAGGGAAAGCCAGAGGUUGUCCUUCACCAUGGCGGUGAGGGUCCUGCUGGGAUUCCGUGUCUCUGAAGAGGAAAUGAGGCACCUGUUCUCCACUUUCCAAGACUUUGUCAACAAUCUCUUCAGCUUGCCGAUCGACAUGCCCUUUAGCGGCUACAGGAAGGGUCUGCGAGCGCGCGACAAGUUGCAGAAGAGCAUCGAGAAAGCCAUCAGGGAGAAGCCGUUGUGUACGCACGGCAAGGACUACAGCGACGCCCUGGACGUCCUGAUGGAGAGCGCCAAGGAGAACAGCGCCGAGCUCACCAUGCAGGAGCUCAAGGAGUCCACCAUCGAGCUGAUCUUUGCCGCUUUCGCGACUACGGCCAGCGCCAGCACCUCUCUCAUCAUGCAGCUCCUGCGCCACCCGCCGGUCCUGGAGCGCCUACGGGAGGAGCUGAGGGCACGAGGCUUUCUGCAGAAUGGUCGCCUGUGCCCAGAGGGUGAGCUGCGUCUGGACACUAUCGUCAGCCUCAAGUACUUGGACUGCGUCAUCAAGGAGGUUCUCAGGCUCUUCACGCCAGUCUCAGGGGCCUAUCGGACCGCCGUGCAGACCUUUGAACUCGACGGGGUGCAGAUUCCAAAGGGCUGGAGCGUGAUGUACAGCAUCCGGGACACCCACGACACAUCGUCCGUCUUCAAGGACGUGGACGCCUUCGAUCCCGAUCGUUUCAGCCAGGAGCGCGGCGAAGACAAGGAAGGGCGCUUCCAUUACCUGCCCUUCGGCGGCGGCGUCCGGUCCUGCCUGGGCAAGCAGCUGGCUACGCUCUUCCUGCGCAUCCUAGCCAUCGAGCUAGCCAGCACCAGUCGCUUCGAGUUGGCCACGCGAAACUUCCCGCGCGUGGUCACCGUGCCCGUGGUCCAUCCGGUGGACGGGCUUAAGGUCAAGUUCUACGGCCUGGACUCCAACCAGAACGAGAUCAUGGCCAAGUCCGAGGAGCUCCUCGGCGCCACCGUGUGA